AUGAAGAAGCCGGUGAACAAGAAGGAAAUGGGAUACGCCCAGAACUAUGACAACUGGAGAAGGCUUGAGGAAAUGCAGAAAAUCAAAGAUAAAUACGGUGACGAUGAUGACGAUUCGUCGAGUGAAUCAGAGCCAGAAUGGACUGAUGGACACGAAGAAGCAUUCCUUCGGACCCUCGGAGCUCUAAAAUCCGGAGAUAGAUCUGUUUUCGAAAACGGAAAGAGCUUCUUCAAUGAUAUUCAAGAAUCCUCUUCUAGCACGAAAAAUUCCAAGGAAAAACCGAAAAAGUCGAAGAAAAAUGAUGAAAAGAUGACUAUCAAGGAUUAUGAGCGAAAAUUGGUUCUGGAGAAAGGAGGACAAAUCGACGAAAGUGACGAGGAAGCCGAGUACAAAAAGACGCAGCAGAAAGGAUACUAUGAGGAGCAGGAGGAGAUUCGAAAAAGUCUGGCCGCUGCAAUCAAUCUGGGCGAUGAUGAAGACGAUGAGGAUAUUCUGAAAGAGAGAAAGAAGACGUCGAAAGAACUGGAAGAUGAGGAUAAUGAUUUCUAUGAAUGGAUGAAGUCGGAGGAUGGAAAGGCUGAUAAGAAGAAGGCCAAGGAGUUGAAACAUCUGAAAAAGUUCUGGAAGGACGAUCAAAAGCUAGAUGACUCUGAGAAAUUCCUUCGUGAUUACUUGCUCAACAAAGAUUAUGAACCGGGAGAGAACGAAGAAAAUCCAACAUACGAUGAAAUUGUGGCGUUAGAGGAGGAUGAGAAGGAGCUCGACAAGAAUCGGCAGUACGAGCAGAAGUAUAAUUUUAGAUUCGAGGAUCCUGAUCAAGAAUUCAUCAAACAAUAUCCACGUACCGUCGCUGAAUCAAUGAGAACCGACGAUUCGUCUCGAAAAGUGAAGCGACAUGAAAGAGAAGAACGAAAGAAGAAAGAGAAAGAGGAGAAGAAACGAGAAUUGGCUGAACUCAAAAAGAUGAAACGAUCUGAAAUUGAGCAGAAACUCGGAAAGCUUCGAAAAGCGGCUGGUGUGGAUAUUCCAUUGACACUCGAUGAGUUGAAUGCUGACUUUGAUCCAAAAGAAUUCGAUAAGAAAAUGAAGUCGAUCUUCAAUGAUGAGUAUUAUGGAGUGGAGGAGAAUAUUCAAGAGGAUGAGGAUGAAAAACCCGUAUUUAGUGAUAUAGAUGACACAGACUUCGAGGACUAUGACAAUUUGGAUGUGGAAGAACUCAAAAAGAAGGGCGUUCAUGAGGAUGAAGGGGACGAUGAGGAGGAGGAAGAAGAAGAAGAUGUUGAUGAGGAGGACGAGGAGGAGGAAGAAGAGAAGCCGAAAACUAAAAAGUCAGCAAUGAAAAACGGAUAG